UCGUACCAUGUAUACAACAAGAAACACCACCAUAUUGAUUACAAUGAAGAUAAUUUCUUGUUUUUCAAAAGACGAGGCUGAUUCCGUUACAGGUGCCAUCAAGGCUGAGCCAAAAAGAAGAAAACAUUUGAAGGUCGCAUAACAGUCGGAAAUAAUACCAGGCUAAAAUAAGACCAAAUUAUCCCAGCUUGCUAUUUUUUCAUGGUUCCUAGGAAUUUUAUCAUUUAGUAUUGUCGCUUUUGAACAGUUUUUCGUCUACCAUCGGUUAAAUGACGUUCCAAUAUUUCAAUUUGAGGUGGAUUUGUAUAUGUGGAUACUAUACGUUAGACGCGCUGGCUUCAGUCGUGCCAAUGCUACCUGUUUGCAAACUUAAGGUCUUUUUUCAAUUAAAUAUUGAGAAAGGAGAUAGAGUCGAGUCUCACUCUCACCACCUUAGAGAAGGAAGACAAAGAGUAGAGUUUCUGUUCGUUCGGAAUGCCAGUGAAUUCCUGUUUUCAUUCAGUUUAUAUUCUUGGACAUACGAGUUUGUUUCAUCUACGAGUGACAAUAAGCUAGUGUUAGGGAUAUACUAAGAUGAUGAAUAACACUACUUUAUCAAGCUCCAAUGUAAGUGAAGCCUGUCAGCAAGCCAUCACAGAGAACCCAACAGCGCGUAUCAUAAAGCUAACCUUCUACAUCACUGCAAUGAUCGUCUCGUUUGCUGGCAACCUGCUCGUAAUGUGCGUUGUUUACCGCAACAGAAGACUGCGAACGCCAACCAACUACCUCAUCACGAACAUGGCAGUUAGUGACUUUCUAAUGACUAUCAUAGCAGUGACGCCAUCGGCUGUAACAUUCAUAACCAAUGACCCUUCUUGGUUUGGUGGCUGGUUUGGACUGACCACAUGUAAGUUGAUGGGUUUUGGAUCAGGAGCUACGAUGGCGGGCUCGAUAUUUACUCUAACUGCUAUAGCUUGUGAGCGAUUCAAUGCUAUAGUCUUCCCUCUAAGGUCCACCAUGCGAUCUGGGAAUACAAAAUGGGUCAUAACUGGAGUGUGGCUUACGUCCUUUUUAGUGAUGUUGCCAUUGCUGUUCACAAUGGCCCUUGAGAAAGAUGGUGGGUCAUACUAUUGCCUUGAGAAAUGGGGUCCCCCUCUAGACCCCGAAACCUCAUCAGCAAUCUUCACUCUUGCCUCCUUCAUUCUUCUAUAUGCCGCACCAUUAGUUAUUAUAACCCUUCUAUACGCUUGCGUCGUCUAUACAGUGUGGUUUCGUCAAAUUCCAGGAAACACAAACAGAUCGAUGAAAAAACUGCAGCUUAAAGUUCGAAAGAAUGUGGUGAGAAUGUUGAUUACUGUAGUGGUUGUAUUUGCAAUCUUUUGGCUUCCAAUGCAUGUUGUUCAAUUGCUGAUAUCAUUCAGUGAAGUCUUUCCUUGUGGCUUCCCUCCAAGUGGGGUGUACCUUGCGUGCUUACUUCUACCACACUCCACAGGAGCUAUAAACUUCCUGAUUUACGUGGUUUUCAGCGAAGAUUACAAACAAGGAUUCAAAGGCUUGUUUCGUUGUUUUUUUCUGUUUGGAAGAAAAGCUUCUAUCCGUCUUGGCCAACCGAGUGUGCGCACAGAGAACACGAUAGAUCACCGACGCAGUACUGCACACAAGCAAGAUAUGGAGCUUAGAAGACUAACCUCAAACAACGAUCAAGAAGAGUUGAGUACACCCAAAGGAACUAAAAAUGUACGCUUUGAGUCUGAAUAUUCCUCUAGUGUUUAACGAUUGCACAUAAAAAUAAACACGCGUCCAUGCAAGUAGAGACUUAAAGCAAGUUCCUUAUUCACCAGUAUUCAAAGUCUGAACAUCCAGCAAAGUUAGGAUUGGCAGAACAAUAAAGAGCUUACUAGUCAUUGAUUCUAUUAACCGGCCGGUCGUUAGUGGUCGAGACGGAUUUCACUUAGUGUAGCAGCAUCUUGUGUUUGCAUGGCUGGAUGUUCUUGCGCACGUCGUCGUAUCUACUUAAGCCAAAAGAGCAUUUCAUUAAACAUUGCACAAGAUCGAGGGAUUUAACUGAAGGAUUUCUUUGCUUCACUGAUACAAACAUAAGCCUAAACCGACAAGUUAUGGAAGAGAGGGAUCCAGGCAAGUUAUAUUGAUGAGUAGGAUAAUCCAAUUGUAACUGUUGGGUACUCACGAUUAACACCACUUGAAAUCAAAUAGCAUUAUGACGGUUUGCAUUAUGGCGUCAUUCUACUACCACUAGGAAUGCUUCGGGUAUAUUAUAUUACGAUAUGCAUGCAAAUGUUUCAUGAUGUUUAACUAGAGCUCAUUGUGAAAUAAGUAUUGAACAUGUCCAGAAAACAAUAAUCGACAAGUAUCGACAGCUUGUCGGCGGUGAGUACUGCGCAUGUUUGGAAGACAAAAUUCGACAGAUAUCGAACACUUGCCGACAGUGGUAAAUACGUACUGCGUAUUAUCGGAAAACAAAAAUUGACACUGAAUUAUGGAACAAUUUUAGGCACUUAUUUUCAGGUACAGAUAUUUUAAUCCGUUCUCGACGUUUGUUCAGCGAGCAUAACUUAGUUGAGGGAAUAGCGCAGCGCAGUCGUGACGUCAUAAAAACGA